AUGUUUCUAAGUCAAGAAAAAACUCAAAAUAAUAAUACACAACUUACUCUUUCAUCCACUCAAGCGGCUGCUAAAGCAAAAAAACAACUUAUUGAAAACCUUAUAGAAGCGUUUGCAACAGCAGACAUUCCUCUUGAAAAG